AUGAAUCAUAUACGACUUACAUGUAUCAGUUAUAUUGCAGAGGGGUACUGGAUAGGACUAUCAGACAUUGUUUUGAGGGGGAGUGGGUAUGGACAUCCACCCAGAACACGGCAUCAUUUCAGGACUGGUCACCGAACUAACCGGACAACUACCAGAGGGUACUGGAUAGGAUUAUCAGACAUUGUCUUUGAGGGAGAGUGGGUAUGGACUUCCACCCAGACUACGGCAUCAUUUAAGGACUGGUCACCAAAUCAGCCCGACAACUACCAGAGUCAUCAGGACUGUGCCAUGUUCUUUACGCCGGAUAAUUUUCAUUGGAACGAUCAUUUCUGUACAGUUAAGGCGGGAUUUAUAUGCGAAAUGGAGGCAGGUGAACCAAUUGAUAUUGUAGGAUAAGACGAGGAAAAUUAUUCAAAAUUAAACAAGGAACAUAAAGUAGCAUGUUUGUUAAAAUACAUAGAACAGAACUGCAUCUUCUUUCAUCAGUGCCUGUGCUUUAAGAAUUUUACUAAUAAAAAUGAAUGUUAGAAAUUCGCAUCGAUUUUUUUUUCACGGCUAAAAUCAAUUGUU